UCUCUCUCUCUCUCUCUCUCUCUCUCUCUCUCUAUAUAUAUAUAUAUAUAUAUAUAUAUAUAUAUAUAUAUAUAUUUACCCAUAUCAAGAGAUUGUAAAUGUGCAUGGUUGAUGGUGAUUGAGUAGAGAUUGACUGAUAGAUAGAGUUGGGAUUGGUAUUGCUUAAUGGGGUUUCAUUUCUCUGUUUAAUUUAGUUAAUUUCAGAUAAUGUUUUGGUUUUGUUUUGGAUAAUUCUGAUUAGUUUUACUGUCUUUGUUGUGGGUUUUGAUGGAAAAAUCAGAUCUUUGGAAGUGUGAAGAGAAAAUGGCAGUGGGGAAGAAAUAUGGGUCCUAUGGAGGAAGAGGGUUAGGGUUAGUUAGGUGUACUUCAUUUGGUAGAAAAAGGGUUGCUUUGUUCAAUGAUGUAGAUAGUGAUUCCACUUUUGCAACUCCCACGAAGAAACAGUGCUGUGAGAACUCGUUUUUGUCUUCUGAGAAGUCCCUUCUUGAAGCUCUGCCUCAGGACGUUCUGAUUAGGGUACUGUGUGGGGUGGAACAUGAGGAUUUGAAGAGGCUGUUUCAUGUAUCAAAGUUCAUCAAAGAAACAGCUUUGAUGGCAGAGAAAUGGCAUUUCACAUAUAGUACACCGCGAAAAACAUUGAGUUGUCGUGAUUCUAUUUAUUUGGAGGAUGUGAGUGAUUUCAAUGAGGUUGAAGCUCCGAAUGCUCCAAAACAAUCAAAAGUUCCUAGGUCUCGAUUGGACGGGAAGAAGCUGACCGACAUCUCGGUGGCCUUGUUUGCUUCACCUGAUGGAGAUCGUUCACCGAGGAGAGAGUUAUUUAUGGGAAUGGAAACAGAGAGAUGAAAUUGAGUUUCUUGGGGGGUUUUGUAUAGGCAUUGGCGGUGGGUGUUGUAUCAAUAGUAAUUGAUUUCUCAUUUUGUUGUACAUGUCAAAACAAGCUUUAAAAGCCAUUAUUCUUUCAACCCUUUCAUUGAAGAUGGGUGGUGGCUUGAAUGUAUUUAUGUGUACAUGUGGAAGAGGCAGUUUAGGGAUUUCUUAGGAGAGCUAUCUUGGCACUUAUGUUCUGUUGAAGCUUGGGUUGUACAGAUGAGUCAUUUACAUAUUAUAAAAAGAUUUUCUCUUUGCUCUUUCUGUGUGAA